AGGGGUUGGCGUAUCGGUGUUUUGAGUUGAAUCUGAAAAGUAGACUGUCAAGAGGUGUCACUUUCCACGGAAUCCUGCAUCUAUAUGGUAUUUUGAACCAGCCGCAUCUGCAACUGUGAUUUACAUCAAAACCUUCAAAAAUGAGUAAAAUUUCAAAGCUUUUUAAAGGGAGUUCUUCGAGCUCGUCCAGACCCAGUUCUAGUUCUGGAUCUAGUUCAAGCUCUAGAUCUCGGCACCACCGGUCCCGUUCUGGUCCAUCACCCCAGGAGGCCAUCCACAGACUGAGAGAGACCGAGGCAAUGUUAACUAAAAAACAGCAAUACCUGGAGAGCAGAAUCGAGCAGGAGCUCACGAUUGCCAAGAGGAAUGGCACCAAAAACAAAAGAGCUGCACUUCAGGCUCUUAAGAGGAAGAAACGCUUCGAGCAGCAGUUAACGCAGAUCGAUGGGACCCUGUCCACCAUUGAGUUCCAGCGAGAGGCCCUGGAGAACUCCACCACAAACACGGAGGUUCUGAAGAACUUGGGUUACGCUGCCAAAGCCAUCAAAGGGGUUCACCAGAACAUAGAUCUGGAUAAGAUUGACUCCCUCAUGCAGGACAUUACAGAACAGCAGGAAGUAGCUCAGGAGAUCAGUGACGCCAUCUCACGACCUUUUGGUGACCAGUUUGAUGAGGAUGAAUUGUUGGCAGAACUGGCAGAGUUAGAACAGGAAGAACUAGAAGAAAGUAUGAAAAAUAUGGGCAGAUUACCAAGUGUCCCAACUACCAAACUACCCACCACAAGACCAAGCCACCGUGCAACAUCCAAGAAGAGAGUGGAGGAUGAUCAUGAUAUGAAGAGGUUGGCUACCUGGGCUUCCUAGACAGCAGUACACAAAUACUUUCUCUCUUUUCACUUUUCUACUUUUUAUUCUCUUGCACAUAUAUAUGCAUUCUCAAAUCAUAGACAUGCACUGCCAAUAAAUUGUGUCACACUGUUAGAACUUUUAAAAAAAAAAUUUAGAAAUGAAGUUGAGACAUGAAGCUGAGAAUUUAUAUAGUUAUAUCUGUGAGUUGAUCUUUAAAAUGAAGGACUAUUUUUCUGGAGUCAACUUUGUGUAAAUUUACUUUGUGUAAAUAGCAGCAUUUUAUGAGCGAAGGAUCAUAAACUGUUUAUUUUUAAUUAAAUGUAAAUGUCGAAUAGUGGGGUUUCGAUGAAA